AUGAAGAGCAUCCUGCCGCCCCUCACCUGCGACUGCUGUCAGACGUUCUCGACGCUGUCCGCAGUGCUGCUGUCGUCCCUCGGCUUUGCAGCAAUGCUGAGCGAGUGCUGCUCCCUCUCCACGGUGAACUACCUUCUGUACAUUUCGGCGUGGAUGCACCAGCUGACGCUGCCGUGCUGGCCGCAGAAGCGCGUGCGGCCCACCAUUAGCGAUCUCAACGCCUGCCUUUACCUCCGGGACUUUUUCCCCAGCAAGGCGAACGCAGACGAGUUCGAGGUCAUCUUCUAUAACCAAGCCCACAAGGCAGUGGAUCUGCUGCAUGCCAUGUGCACUCCCCGCAAGCGCGCACGCUCCAGCGACGGCGCGCACCCAGUGUACGGCUACGUGAUUGUAUCAGGAGACUACACCGUCUCUGUUUUCUCCGUAGAGCACGACAUUGCGAAGGGGUCGCGUAGCCGCUACCGCGAGGCGUGGAGCUUCUACAUCUGCGAUUCCCACGGCACGCAGCCGUGGUCGGAAGACAAGGCCAGCGUGUCCGGACUGACCUUUGGCCACCGUUCGCACGACGUGGACGAUACAAAGCUGGAGGAGGAGGCCAGUAACGGAAGCUGCACUCCCAGCUCGGCGGCGGACCUCUCGGUGGAGGAUGGCAUUCACUACUUCUCCACCAUCCUGUUCACUCUUCUAGAGGAACACCGCAAAGGUGCGCAGCGCACGAGUCAGGUGCCGUACAUGACGUGGACCCCGCUGCGGCGGCGGCGAUCACUGGCGUACACGGCGCAAGAGCUCAAGAGGAUUAUCGACAACCAUUGGAUUCCCAAGGUACUGUCGAAUCCCAUGGUGCAGGCCGAGGCCAAGAAGUUCUCCUUCAAACCGCUGGAGUGUUUCUGGGGAAUCAGUCCCGUUACAACAGCGAAAACUUGCACAGCCUCAGGUGCGUCACCUGCAUGA